UAAUAUGUUAUCAUUAAGUCAGAGAAUCAUGUUCCCGGAAAACGCAAGGAGUUUAAACAAACAAACAGAUGGAUUUUGUGGGAUUGCCUUAUCAGCACUAUAAUUUAUCUGAUCACGAGUUGUAAUAAUUCUCUGCUCUUGUUUUUGGAUUUGGUAAUCAAUUAUGCACACUUCUGUCUCGCCUUUUCUAUCUUGAUCACCAUCAUUCCGGCUACCGAUUUCUUUCAUUCUUUGUACUUGUAAAAAACCAUACCACUUUCCUUUUGUUCCCUUUGGUAAGAUCAUAAAAACCGUACUUAUAAUAAAUGCAAGACAACCAAAAUGCCAAAAUCAGAUCCAGUUUCAAGGCUUUGUAUUUUGCUUCUGGUUCAUAUCUUCCUGUUAUUAGUAACUGCGGCUUUCUCAGGAGUGUCUCAUCCAUCGGUUAAAUUUCUUCCCGGGUUUCAGGACUCUCUUCCUUUUCAACUCGAAACUGGGUAUGUGGGUGUGGAUGAGAGAGAGGAUGUGCAGCUCUUCUACUACUUUGUCAAGUCCGAGAGAAAUCCUCAAAAGGACCCUCUCUUGCUCUGGCUCACCGGUGGUCCUGGAUGCUCUGCCUGGAGUGGUCUUGUUUUUGAAAUUGGUCCUUUAAAUUUUAAGGUAGAGCAGUACAAUGGGAGCCUACCUACAUUACUCUUAAAUCCUCACUCAUGGACAAAGGUGUCCAACAUAAUAUUCCUAGAUUCACCAGUUGGCACUGGAUUUUCCUACCCUAGAACCCCGAAGGCUUCUCAAUCUAGCGACCUCACACAAACCCACCAUGCUCUCCAAUUCUUGAGGAAGUGGUUGAUUGAACACCCAGAAUUUAUCUCAAAUCCAUUCUAUGUUGGUGGAGAUUCAUAUUCUGGUAUUACCGUACCUGUCCUAUCUCAACGAAUCUCGAAAGGAAAUGAAGAAGGCAUUAAACCAUUGAUAAAUCUACAGGGGUACUUACUCGGAAACCCAAUAACAAAUAAGUUAGAAGACAACUUCAGAAUUCCAUAUGCGCAUGGAAUGGGACUCAUUUCUGAUGAAGUCUUCCAGUCGUUGCAGGAGAAUUGCGGAGGAGAGUAUAUGGAUGUGGAUCCCAGCAAUGCUGCGUGUUUGAAAGAUGUUGAAGCUUAUGACAAUUGUAUUGCAGGAUUAAAUAAGGCCCAUAUUUUGGAACCUUCGUGCCCUUUUGUUUCCCCAAAGCCACAAAAGAUUGUGGGUGUUGAAAGAAGAUCCAGGUCUCUCUCUGUGAAUCCUCAAGUGUUGCUCGUUUCGGAAUCCCAACUUCCCACCCUGGGCUGCCGUGAAUAUGGGUAUUUGCUAUGUUCUUAUUGGGCCAACGAUCCUAGCGUCCGCAAAGCUCUUGGCAUAGUGCCGGGAAGUAAAGGGGAGUGGAAGCGAUGCUCACAUUUGACAUAUGAGCCAGAUGUUCACAGCAGUGUUGAGUAUCAUGCAAUCCUUAGUGCUAGAGGCUACCGCUCUUUGAUAUACAGUGGAGAUCAUGACAUGUUGGUGCCAUUCAUGGCAACUCAAGCGUGGAUAAGAUCUUUAAACUAUUCAAUUGUUGAGGACUGGAGGCCAUGGGUCGUCCAUGGUCAAGUUGGUGGUUAUACGAGGACUUAUUCAAAUCGGAUGACGUUUGCGACUGUCAAAGGAGGAGGGCACACAGCUCCAGAAUACAGACGUGAAGAAUCUCUCGCUAUGUUUCAAAGGUGGCUUGAUUCUGAGCCUCUGUAAAAAUCCGACCCGAACUGUAUCAUUAAUUGAAAAACUUGUUUGUUUUUUAAAUAGUUUCAGGGGUCAACCAAAAAGGUUGGUGUGCCUAUGAAUAUGAAUGUUUAUAUUAUUAAAAAAUAAAUUUAAUUUUAUACC